AUGGGGCCACCUGGGGACUGUUGGAGGAGUUAUCCAGGCCUCUGGAGGCGGCAGAAUGGAGGCGAGUCAGGCCCUGGGGCGCGGAGGCCGGGAGUGCGGGAAGCGCCUGGAGGCCGGCCGCGUGCGGGGGGAGGCCCUGCGCUCGGAGCCAGGCUCAGCCCCGGCCUGAGGCAGCCCCAGCGGCUUCGGGGCUCAGUGGCCUGGGGCGUCGGUUGCUCCGCGGAGUGGGAAAGACCGGACGCCGGGACUGAGCGCGGAACCCAGGCGCCGCCGGCUGCCUUGCUGGUCUUCGCGCCACCCUACACGUCUGCCCCCGUCGCGCAAAGACUGCUCGGGCCGUCCUGGCUCCACGUCUCCAUCCGCUCGCCGCCCCUUCCUCCGCCGCUCUCCUCGGGAGGCCCAGGGCCUUUCAGGAAAAGGGGAAAGGAGGUCGGGGCUGGAAGGGCCGGAUUGCAGGUCUGCCGGGACUCCUUGCUGAGGCGGCUCUGUGGUCCACCGAACGCAGUUUGCGUGAAGCUGCGUCUGAUAACCACGUUUCUUCCUGACCCAGCUCAGCUGGUCCCCCACCGAGCCUCCGAUAGGUCCUCACCCGACAGAGCUUCCGCACGAGGGCGCAUCCACACUCGGACACUCGCCCCGGCUGCCUUCUCUGGGCCGCCCUCGCCCAUGCUCUAUCUGUACUUUGGCCCCGAGAGACCCGGGCUGCCUCUGGCCUUCGCCCCCCGCGGCCCGCUCUGGCGGCCUCGGGCCGGGUUGGAGGCCCCCCAGAAGCCGCCCUACAGCUACAUCGCGCUCAUAGCCAUGGCGAUCCAGGAUGCGCCUGAGCAGAGGGUCACACUCAACGGCAUCUACCAGUUCAUCAUGGACCGCUUCCCUUUCUACCAGGAUAACCGACAGGGCUGGCAGAACAGCAUCCGCCACAACCUCUCGCUCAACGACUGCUUUGUCAAGGUGCCCCGCGAGAAAGGACGGCCCGGCAAGGGCAGCUACUGGACGCUGGACCCUCGCUGCCUGGAUAUGUUCGAGAAUGGCAACUACCGGCGCCGGAAGAGGAAGCCCAAGCCGGGCCCCGGAGCCCCGGAGGCCAAGCGGGCCCGCGCCGAGCUGCAGGAGCGCGGCGCAGAAGCGCAGCCGGAGGUGGGGAGGGGGAGCGCGCCCCCCGCACCGCGACCCCCCAUCCACGAGGGAGCGCCUGCGCGCCCCUCGCCCCUCCGGGAAGGCUCCUCUCCUCCAGCGUCCCUCCACUGGCCCAGGCCCGCGUCCCCCUCUGGGGACGCAGGCGACGCGCUCCAGGGCGCAGCGGCCGUGGCCGCCAGCCAGCCCGCGCGCACGGUGGAUGGCUCGCGGUCCCCUCCGCGCCCCGCCUCCCGCAGUUCUCCGAAGAGCUCGGACAAGUCCAAGAGCUUCAGCAUAGACAGCAUCCUGGCGGGACGGCAGGGGCAAAAGCCGGCUGGAGGGGGCGAGCUCCUGGGGGGCGCCAAGCAGGGGCCCGGCGGCUGUCUGGGCGCCUCGCUUCUGGCCACCUCCUCCGGCCUCCGUCCACCUUUCAACGCUUCCCUGAUGCUCGACCCGCACGUCCAGGGCGGCUUUUACCAGCUCGGGAUCCCUUUCCUCUCCUAUUUCCCUCUGCAGCUCCCCGACACGGUGCUUCAUUUCCAGUAAAGCAAACAGUGCCUCAUUUUUCCCCUGCCCUGGUCUGAGCUUCUUGUGAGCAACCAGGACUCCCACCGCUGGAGAAAGAAGUUGCGUGUUUUUUAAAAAAUGGUUUCCUCUGCCGACUCCUGGGAAGUAUUAGCAACCUCUGCGCAGGGAUGGGCACACUCCCCUGCCUCCUGCAAGGCGGACCUUCCCAGAACCCGGAGCAAGCUUCGGAGAUUUAAAAGACGCUGCCCACGCUGGGACUUGGGCAUCUCAGACCUCCUACUGCGGGAGCAGGAAAAUUCCUUGACCUUAGGUCAGUCCCACUGGCUACCCAGACAGGCCCUGCGUGUCUGGCGAACGGGAGGGCCCAGACAACCCGAGAGCAGAUACAUGGCCGCAGUGUGGUCCUUUCUAUCUGAGAGCCACGGUCUGACCAUCACCAGCUCGGUUGUCACUGUGGCCUGGGCCUUGGCUUUGAGCUCGUCGGAGUGAUGGGUGUUCACAGCUAGGUUUGUCCCUGAAGUCCAGGGAGAAUUUUUCUCUUUUCCUUUCUAGAUAGUAAAAGGAACAUGCUAUAUUCUUUGGCUAAAAUGCUUGAUUCUUUUUACUGUAGGGACUGCCCUCUGAAAACAUCUGUAUUAACAACUUCUAUUAAGAAAGUGCACUCUAUAUAAUUUAGCAUUUUGUUGCAUUAUGAUAGCUUGUUAAUCAAUACACAUGUUCUCCAACGCAUGUUACCAGCUAUAGCCAUCCUCCUAUCUUUUGCUUUUUUGUUUAAGGGGUCAAAAGAUUUCUGGAGACACCGGAAGUGUGUGAGGGGGAGGGAAGAUGUCUAAGACAGUGGAAGAUUUUCCAUUUCCAUGUUUUUUUUCAAGAUCUAGGCUUGACUGUUGCUACAUUUUCCAGAAUUGUGUAAUGAAGGACUACUUUUCAUCAAAAGAGCUGGGUGAAACAAACACAUGGAAAGCAAGUAGAGGGAGAGAUGGGUUAGUGCCAGGAGGAGUAAGGGAGCCCACUGGUGUCUGUGGAGGCAGCUCUCUGGACCCCAAGGAACAGGAGGCCUGGUGGGAGGCUUCCCAGCCGACUGCAACUGGCCCCUCCCUCCAAGCCCCAACCAGGCAGGCCCAGAGCCUGCCGCUAAACAAACACCUAUGGAGGUGACUGGAAGUCUGGUGUGAGGGGUGGGCGGGAAGCCGGGUGAUGAGACAAAGAUCUGGUUAUGAAAAUUGAGAUUUUCACAGUCCCGUACAGCUUGGAACUUUUGGGAAAUGCAUCUAACCUCUUAUGGUAUCUCUCUUUGGGUUGUUUUGGUGGUUCCGAAACUUGAUUUCCUGAACCUCCAAGUUACUUUAAUUUUAUCUGAUGUGGGAAAAGCACAAUAAGCCAUGGGUUCUUGGAGGGAGGUGGAGACAGGUCUGAACUUCUUAGAGCAGUUUCCAGGACAUAUAAAAAUGAACACAGACUUUGCAUCAGGAGAGCCUGUUGGUUAAUAUGUUGGAUAUUUUGGACAGGCAGAACAAUUUAAUAACUAGUAGGCACAGAGCUGACUUACUGAGAAUUCAUCCUGAAGGCCGUGUGCUACCGACCCACACAUGCAUCCAUGACCGCUUUCUGCCCGGGCUGGUGGGAACACUUUGGCGGACGAGCUUCAGGGUCCUUGAUGUUAAGAACAUUGAUGAGGUCCUAUUGUUGAGAUGCAGGAUCACUGUGAUUAACUUAAAAUGUGGUGGAAGGGCCGUCAUUCGAUAUUUUGUUAUCCCGAA